UACGUCAUCACGUCGCGCCUCCCCGCUAGCUCUCUUCUGAUUGGCUGUGGAGCUGUCCCGUUCAGCUAGCAGCGUCAGUGUUGUAGUUCCAGCUGUAACUCCACUAAAUGGCCGGCUGGCUCACACGUAAACACCGCCAGAUUGAACCAAAGGAACAGGAGGAGACUACUGUAAUUUACAGAGAUGGGGGCCCUGAUAUCCCGAUGGAAGACGAAGCCAACCACAGUUGAGCAGCUGGAGAACAUUGACAAGGAGAUCCAAGAGCUGGAGGAGUUCAGGGCCAAAAACCAACGUCUGCAAAAGCUGUGGGUCGGCCGGUUGCUCUUCUACUCGUCAGUCAUGUACCUGAUGACCUCUCUGGUGGUGUACUGUCUCUACCUACCUGAACAAUGGUUGCAGAGAAUAGCCAUGGCCCUGCCGUUCUUCAUAUACCCUGUGCUGGUGUGGUUCAUCAGGAAGUUGUUGGUCUUUCUGUUUUCCAAACGCACUGAGAGAAACAAUGAUAAAUUGGAAGAUUUAAAGGUUUCCAAAAAAAAGAUUCUGGAGGAAGUGAUGGAAACAGAAACAUACAAAAACGCCAAACUCAUCCUGGAACGUUUUGAUCCCGACGCUAAGAAGAAGGCUGAGCUGGAGUCCACUCCAGUGCGUCCUCAGAUGACACCCAGGCCAGGACAAGAGAUCCGACAGAGAGGGAUGCAAAUGAGACCCAUGAUGACCCCGAUGGGCACCCCGGGCACAAUGGCAAUGACUCCCCUACCUGGAGCUCGGCCCCCAUUGGGACCAGGGGGCACACCUGUGGAACCUGUUCCUCUCUCAGCUCCAGGAGGACCACCGGAGAGAUCUGCUCUGUCGCCCUCCGUGUUCCAGGGGGCAAUACCCAGGACCCCCUGCUCUCCUAUUCCAGGAGUAGGCAUGCACCCACCAGGUCCUCCAUUAGCAAGACCCAUCCUGCCCAAAGAGGGAGCCGUGGACCGAGUCAUUGAAUACCUGGUCGGGGACGGACCACAGAACAGAUAUGCUUUGAUCUGCCAGCAGUGCUUUUCUCAUAACGGCAUGGCUCUGAAAGAAGAGUUUGAAUAUCUCGCGUUCCGUUGUGCGUACUGCUACUUCCUGAAUCCGGCCAGGAAGACCCGCCCUCAGGCUCCCAGGCUUCCAGAGUUCAGCUACGAGAGGAGGCUGCGGGCAGAAUCGCGUUCCCCUGGACCAACGCCGCGUACUGGGACAGACACGGAGGAGAGUGCACCCCCCUCUGGAGCCAAGGCUCCGGCUCCGUGGAAAUUGGUCCACAGUUUCCGGAUCCAGCAGAAUCCAACGAACCCUCAGAACCGACCCCUGCAGAGUCCAGAUGAGAGAGAGUUGGGGGAAGACGAAGGACCCACUAAAGAAGUAGAGAGUGAGAGCCAAUCAGAGGAGCAGCAGCCGCCACAGCAGCAGCAGCAGCAGGAGGAGGAGGAAGAGGUGGAGGAAGAGGAGGAAGAAAAAGUGGUCCAGGAGGAGGAAGAGAUGGAAGUAGAGCAGAGUCACAGCGGCCCCCGUGAGACCGAGUCUCAGCCAUCGUAGUGGCAGAGAGUCCAGCAGAGGACCGGGGACGCCGGUCCAAACGGGAGGUGUUGGUACUGGGCCAUGAUAGACAGGUGGCAUUUUAAAGCAAUAUAAGUGGACAAGGAUUGUCACCAAACAGCUGUUUGAUUAUAUUGUUCUUCCUAGCAACCAAAAAAAACGACAUCACACUUGUGUCAGUUUGUAGAUUAUGCAGAUGAUGUGUAAAAUGGUGUGUAUUCUGAGUUAAUGCAUCAUAUUCAUCACACAUUAAAGUAGAAUUGUCCCACGAUAUUGCCUAAAAUGAAGCCAACGUAUGAUGGCCUUAACUGCUGGGUUUGGUUCACUGGGAAGGUGUCGGAUUGAUGAUUGUAGUUUAAAUCCUGAAGCUGUUUCUGGAGAGAGCAGUCUGCUGCUGAUGUUGCUCUAGAAGUGUUGAAUAACCUAGUUAUGUUUUCAGUAUUGUUUGAUUCACACUCUGAGGUUGUUUUAGGUUGUAUUUAGUUGGCUGGCUGCUGUAUGAUUUGUUAAUGAUAAAUUGUGAUUUUUAGAUAGAACUGCUGGUUCACAAAUGUCCUCAGUUGUAGCAAAAACAUGCUGAAAUCUGAAAUCUCCUGAUUCUUUAUUUUGCUGACUCUCCACCCAGUGUGGUGUUUCAAGUUAUUUAUUGUUUUGUUGGGUUGUUAGAAACACAUUAAAGCAAACAAAAAGCAUCUUAAGACGCUCCUAUUGUAAACCAGGACAUCAAAGUUUCAAGAUACUGCUUUAGCCGUCUUUGUCUUGUCUUUUUAAUCCCCCAUACAAGCUCAUAGCCUGCUAUUAAAACAUCUAAGAUACAUUUGUAAUACUGACAUUAUACCAACCACUGACAAAUCUUAUUUCUCUUCAUUUUAAAGUUUUUUUUAAUACUGACAUUUUAUAUUUUAUUCCUCUGGAUUUUAGUUAUUUUUUUUAAUGAUGUUUUAGCAGCUCGUCCCAGACAAGUGGUAUCUGGGAAAUGAGCAGUUACCCAGAAAACUGCAGUGUGUGCAGUUCUCCUCGUUAGCUGCACUCAGAUCUGCAAUUAAAUCCACCAUACUCACCAAAAGUCUAAAAGUCUCCACAUUGAUGCCUUUGUUUCCUCUUUGUCGUUGAGGAAAGUUACAUGAAAUCCAGCCAACUUUUAUCAGCAGCAAAUUAUCUUCACCUAUGUUAAAAUGUCCCACUUUAUUACUUCAGUAAAACAGUGUGCAACACCCAAUCACUGAACUCAACAACGUGUGUUUUUAGCAGAGGUGCAUGUUUGUCUGGAGACUAUUUUAAAUGUGUGGUUAAAAACCAUUCAGUAUAACCCCGCUGCUUUAUGUGAGCUCUUCAUGUCUUAUUUCUCUUGACAUUUAUUCUUCAGCACAUUUUUUGGAGAACCUCUACAAUUAGGUUUUUAUACAGACCUUUCUUUAAAGAGGGGCGUGUCUACCUACGCUAGUUUAGUAGCUUGAGGAUAGCAUCAGUGUUGAUGAGCGAAGGAGCUUCUGAACAAACUGAACUAAACUUUUUGAAGAGCUAAAACUGCCAGUUCAUCUCUAUCUGGUUAUUGCCAAUCUUAGUCCUUCGUAGGAUUAUUAUAAAUGAUCAUUAUUUGCCAAAUGCACUGUUAUGUCACCUGUAUUUCCUGACGUCAUUUGCACUGAGUGUCUCUUUGUAUUUAUUUGGCCGCAUUGUGUUUUUAUCUGUUGGGGUAUUGCUGCACUGUUUUGGUUUUAAACAUUUCGAGGAGUAAUCACUUUUUAAAAGCAUCGGUAGCAUUGGUAGAACUAUAUAGGGAUGUGUUUUCUCCUUUUUGAUUACAUUCUGUUUUAAAUGUGUGCACUCUCAGUAGGUACUUUGUGUGUGCCUACUGUUAUUUACAUGAGUUAACAGUGUAAUCUGCACUAUGUCUACCUACCGUAGCAACAUAAGAAUUAAGGUUUAUUUGGCCAGCACUAGCACAUUGUGUUUUUGACAACAAUUUCCUCUUUUGUUAUUAAAUAGAACCAGGAGAACGAGUGUCUAUGCAAAUGUAAAUAUGUGGCAUCAGCUGCGUCGUACAGAUGUGGAACUAGAAACACACACAGGCUAAGUGGACUAAAUACUCUUGAGGUGUACAACGACAACACAUUCAAUUCUUUUUUAUAUGUAUUUAAAUGUGUUUUUAGUUUUGGAUUUUCACACUAAUUGUGUGUGUUUCUAGUUACUGGUUUGAAUCUGUACUUCGCAGCAGAAGUGCUUUUGGACAAAACGUUUGUUGAAUGUUGAGGAGAAACCGUGUGAUGAAUUGAAAGACUCCACAGCUUGACGUUCAGAUCUUUGAUGGCACGAGUGUUUACAAGCUUUUAUAUCCCACAUAAUUAACCUGCUAUUGAUAAAAAAUAUGCUGAACGUUCUAAAUAUGAAUCUGUCACUUAUAUUUCAUAUUUUAAAAAAAAACGUCUCAGAUUCUGCUUUGUCUCCUGCACAGACUGGCUUUAUACCUGUUCACUUUGCAUUUGUACUUUUUGUUUUGCUCUGCUAGAUUUCUCAGUUACCUUUCUGCCAACGCUGGCUGUGGUUAAGUGUGCGCAUGGCACGCCUAAUAAAAGUUUUAAAAC